UCAAAAUGAGUAAACAACGAGGUCGUGGACGCCGCUACAGUCGUCUCGUCCACGAACAGAAACGAACCCUCGAGCAAUUAGGCCCAAGACACAGCAUAUUAAAUUCUACUUGCUGUUGGUUCUGUAUAUUCCUUAUAGGGGCGCUGAUUCUCGGAAUAAUCUAUCAUGUAACGAAUAUAAAGUACUUUAAAACGAAAGAAAAGACUGCUAAGCUUGGAGUGAGCUUAUCUGCGUUACGUCAACCCACUCAGGAAAACCGUUCACAUUCAGUUUGUGACACCCAGGUUUGUCACCACAUUGCCGUAGCUUUAAAUCAGACACUCAACAGGGAUGUCAAUCCAUGUGAAGAUUUCUACGGGUUUGUUUGCGACGGCUGGAGAAAACGUCACCCGCCUGACGAGAACAACAUUAAGAUCAGCCCAUUUUCUAUGCUGGCAUCCAAAAUUGCCACUGUAAUGAAACGAGCAUUUUACGGUUCAGGCGAAAAUUGGAGCAAGCAAAAUCUCCAACAAAUUCUGACAAGUAGUAACUCAAAUUCGUCGCUCGGGCCUUCGGCUCAGGUUGCUGUGUUUCAUCAUGUUUGUCAGUCAAGCAUGAAGGAUAGCGAAGAAAUAAAGUCAAGAAGGUAUCUUCGUCGAUUGCUUGGUCAAGUAGGCCUUACAACGCUGCUUAGCACGGACGAGGUGAGCAAGUACGACGACGAGUUCCUUCCCACUUCGGCAAUAGAAACUAUGGUUGCCUUAUCUUUAACAUGGGGCAUUCCUUCCUUGUUAAUGGUUUAUCCGAUGGCUGAUCCAACAGCUACCUAUCAAAAUAUCCUUGUGAUCAGCUGUUCUGAUCGGCAGGAUAAGAACAGCUUGCGACAAGCAAAACCUUUUAUUGCUGAAACUUUUGAUAGUCAUUCUGAGCCAAUUGCCCGAGCUAUUCCUGAUUUCACUGCAAAACUGCUGCAAAAUUCGCGUCGGGAAGUGAGUAAGAUGGCUCGACUGGUCAAAAUAGUUGGGGAAAUGCUAAGCAUUGUGAUUGAAGACGGACGUCCACGUGAAGAGAUUAAUGCAAUCGCCGAAGAAAUCGUGAUGGCGUCUCUUAUCCUAGACGAUGCACGGAAUGAAACCAAUUCGCUACUUGAAAAACUUUCAAACACACCGAAACGGGUUAAAUUUAGGGAUAUUCAUUAUAUGACUGGAAAUGAUCCUGUCAACCUACUAGCUACAAUUAACAAAUAUGUUUCCGAACAUAAUCACCUAACGCUCACCGAUUACGAUGAUGUGAUCGUUGAUUCGCCGCGAUCUUUAGCACUACUUUUUACACUCCUGAGAAAUAAGAAAACAGAGAGCAUUAUCAAAAAUUACAUUGCGUACUCAGUUAUUGGCAUUUUGGCGCCAUUUGUCGGCCGUGAUGCUCGGCGACGCAGUACCGCAUUGGCCGAGGUUCUGGGAAGCACAGCGCCAAGGUACUACAUUGAUCGAUGGUGUGACAUGCAAGCACAGGAGUUCCUCCCUCUUUCCUACGGUUCCGUUUUCGUACGAGAAAUGGUCGACAUUGACAUUAAAGCACAUGCGCAACUGGUUGUAGACUACGUAAAAGUCGCGUUUGUUGAGGCGAUGCGCGAGAAUGCCUGGAUGGACCGAUCAACGCAACUUCGAGCCAUGGCGAAAUUAAGUGCAAUGACAGCGCACGUUGGUUUCCCCGACUGGUUUGAGGAUAAAAUGGAACAGUUUGUCGAGGCGCCUGACCUAAGGCCCGGAAAUUUAUUUAUUGAGGCGGUCCUUGACAUUAAACAACACAAGGUUACGAUAGCGUUGCGUGACUUUCGUAAGCUUAAUGUGCGGGACGUCAACUCGUGGAACUUUAGCCCAGCUUCAUUGAACGCUUUUUAUGAACAUGCUCGCAACUCAAUUACAAUUCCUGCGGCCGUUCUGUUGUUUCCAUUUUUUACUAAAGGAGCGCCUGCCGCAUUUAAUUAUGGAUCACUGGGAUCAAUCGUUGGACACGAGAUUAGCCAUGGAUUUGAUACAAUCGGAAGUAAUUUUGACGAACAAGGCAACUUCAUUGGAUGGUGGAGUGGACGAACGAAGAAGAAAUUUGAUGAACGUAAUUUCUGCUUCGUUAAGCAAUAUGAAGAACUGCAGAAUGAGAUUCUAGGGGGUGUACACGAAAGCGGGAUCCAAAAGCAACAAUCCGUAAAUUCCAAACAAUCCAGGGGACAACGGACGUUGCCUGAAAACCUUGCGGAUAAUGCCGGACUUCGACAGGCGUUCCGUGCUUAUAAAUACUAUACACGGGAUCAACCCGUCGAUGUUGUGCUUCCCGGGCUUGAGUUUACAUCCGAUCAACUCUUCUUUAUAGGAAAUGCAUACAAAUGGUGUGCAAACAUUGAAGCACGCACUGGAGAACUAAUGUCAUUGAAAGAUGCACACGCAACGGAACGUCUGCGCUGUAAUGCCGCCACUAUGAACAUUGCGACAUUUCAGGAGACUUUUUCUUGUCCUGCAGGCUCAACUAUGGCUCCUGAUAAAAGAUGCGUCACUUGGUAGUACGUUAGACGGAAUACAAGUGUAGCAUGUGUAUGCAGGCGCCGAUACGAUUCCAGAUACGAAUAGUGCCCAUAAAGACAACCGCGUAUCGAGGGCCUUUAUUCGAGACACUAACGGGAAUAUACUAUGUAAGCUCAUUCUUGAUCCGGCUCAGUCAGAUUUCUCCAAGGUUUGUUAUUAAUUGCCUCGAAUCAUAUUAGCAGCGGACUUUCCAUGUCAUCAUCAGGAUAUAGCUCAAGAAUUAACGUCCCGCAUUAUUA